UAUAAACCCCAUACGCUCUGCAAAGAGUCCGCGAACAGCUCCGUGGUGGUUAAGCAGCACGUUACUUACACGGCAAACAUUGACAAAGGCAACCCACAAUGGAGAGGAUCUCAUGGACACUUUUUCUGCUUUCUCUCACAUAUCUAGAGGGAUCUUCGCAAGAUUUCGGGCAGACCCAGUUCAUAUGCACGUCCGUGCCCAAGGAUAUCGACCUGUGCGCAGCCACUAUGCAGAACAGCGGACCAGCGGAUGAUCUGAAGACCACAGUAAUGCAGUUAAGGGAGACAGUCCUACAGCAGAAGGAAACUAUCAUUAACCAGAAGGAGACGAUCAGGGAACUAUCUUCGAAGUUGAGCCGCUGUGAAAGUCAGGCUGUUCUGGAGCCCGUGACCGGAGGUCGGAGGAAAGAACCGGGCAAAAACACAAUGGGAGACGUAUCCCGCACUUCAACAGAUACGCUAGCCCAGCUUGGGCAGACUUUAGCCACGCUUAAACAGAGAUUGGAAAACCUGGAGCAGUACAGCAGGAACAACGGAUCUGUCCAGGCGAACAGCCUUAAAGAUCUGCUUCAAAAUAAGAUCGAUGAUAUGGAAAAGCAGGUGCUGUCCCGGGUCAAUACUUUGGAGGAAAGCAAACCUGGGCAGAAGAAUGACACAAAUCAGCGCAAUCGAGUGGAGUCAACCCUCACCUCCUUACAUCAGAGAAUUAACGACCUGGAGAAAGGUUCAAAAAGCACCAGGCCACUGGACAAGUAUCAGAUAACAUUCCCCUUAAGAACAAAUUACAUGUAUGCCAAAGUGAAGAAAAGUCUACCAGAAAUGUAUGCCUUCUCUUUCUGCUUAUGGAUAAAGUCCAAUGCAUCACCCGGGGUGGGAACACCCUUCUCCUAUGCUGUUCCUGGACAAGCUAAUGAGCUUGUUCUCAUAGAAUGGGGGAACAAUCCAAUGGAGAUCCUCAUAAAUGACAAGGUUGCAAAAUUACCUUUCGUCAUCAAUGAUGGUAAAUGGCAUCACAUCUGCAUCACAUGGACGACUCGGGAUGGAGUAUGGGAGGCAUUUCAGGAUGGUGUUUUGCGUGGAACUGGAGAGAAUCUGGCACCCUACCAUCCAAUAAAACCCAACGGUGUACUAGUUUUAGGUCAGGAGCAGGAUACACUUGGUGGAGGUUUUGAUGCAACCCAAGCCUUUGUUGGUGAACUGGCAAAUUUCAAUAUAUGGGAUAGAAAAUUAACAGCUGGAGAAAUCUACAACCUGUCAACCUGCAACACUCGAGCACAAGCUGGCAAUGUCUUAUCAUGGUCUGAAAGUAUUAUCGAUGUGUUCGGUGGAGCCACUAAAUGGACUUUUGAGCCCUGCCGUCAGCUCAGCUGAAAUGCAAAGUGGGAGACAUAGCCAAUCCUAGAUCCUUGUUUCUAAUUUUUGUCUUUCUUUUACUCAUUUUGACAUCUGUGGAAAAAGAAGAGUUCUUGAUAAAACAAUUUAAAGGUACUUUAAAAGUAAACCUGGGGUUUCUAUGAAUACCUGAAUAUUUCUGAGCAAAACGAAGAAUAUUUAUUUUUAUUUGAUAAAAUAGUUGUAACACUGAUAAUAAGACAGUGUUAUGCCAGGUUACUUUUAGUAUUGUAUUUUUUUAUUUUUUAUUUUUUGCUGCUUUGUUUUUCUUUGGAAGUAGACAGUUGCUUAUUUUGUCUUUCAUAUAUUUUUGGGGGGACCAGCAGCUGAAGAUCUUUCUCUUUGCAGAUUUUGGACAGUAAAGCAACAGUGCAUCAGAACAGACCUCUUGAUUGACUUCACAAAGCCAAUCACAAGUUUUAAAAUGAUGUUUUAUUUAUUAUCUCAACUAAACGGUACCCCACUCUCAACGGAUCUUGCACUGUGAUGGAUUUGAAAAUAGGAUGGGAAUAAGUAUUUAUUAUUUGGAAAAUAAUGAUUUAAGAUGGCACUUCCUUCAUUUGUUUCCAGUGAUCUUACCGAAGUUUCUGUAAGAAUGUCAUUUAGUUGCCAACAUGCUUACCGCCUGUGUGCCAUGAGCUGAUGUAUCAGUUCAGCACAUACUUUUAGUUUGCUUACUCGCUGUGUAUUGCUUUAUCUUUUUGGUUUCGUUUAUGAAUUUGCGUUUAUGAAAUGUGUUAACAGCGAUUGUUAAAGCUUUCCUGUAUUUCUGCAAUAACUGGUAUAUUUGUACUCAGUUCUAGGAAUGUUAUUCAUACAAUAACAGCAUAAAUUAACAAAUGCUGCAACACCAA